AGAAGAGUAUUACAAGAUUACAUGCAAUAAAGAUGAACCGUUUGAUUAUAAUCCUUGCGUUUGUCUGCGUUAUUUGCGCUGUUAAAGGACGCAGUUCUAUGUACAAGGUGAAAAGAAAAAUUUCCUCAGAGGAAAGAUUAAGCAAUGAUGCCACUGGUUCUAGACAGAAAAAAGCAUAUGUACUCUUUGAAAACAGAAGUGGACGAACCGUUCAGUUGCUCUGGCGCGACUCGUCACGAGGAAAAACAUGGCGAAUUUUUCAACAACUCAAACCAGGAGAAACUGCGGCCAUAGAUACGUAUGACAACCAUGAAUGGAAAGUCGUGGAGAUAAAGCAUCGAAAAUCAUUGACAAUUAAUGAUGCGAAGAUUUUCACACCAACUGCCAACACGAGGAAAGCACGAACUGUGUGCAUCAUAAAACAACCAGGACUACCAGGAAAUUCGCAGACCAUACGAGACCGGGUGAUAGAUGAAAGUAAACGGGAUAAAGAAAUAAAGAAAAUAAAGAAAUUUGUCACAAAGAAAUUUGUCGAGACACUGGUUGUUGUCGAUAAAAGCGUUAAGAAUAGAUUCGAUAACGAAAGUGAAGCUGAACGAUAUAUUAAAGUCUUGUUUAGCUUGACUACACAUGUAUUUCACCAUGGCAGUCUAACUCAACAUGGGUUGGAAAUUUUUGUAGUUCCAUCUAAAAUUAUAUUUCUCGAGGAUGAAAUAAAGUUCAACGUAGCAAACACGGAUAAGUGGGAUACAGCUUGUGGUCGAAUGAAUGACAUUGCAAAAAAUGAACCCAAAAAAUAUGAUCACAAGUUAUUUUUGACAAGGAGAUCAUUCGGUGCAGCAAGUCUUGGAAAGUUGAACGGAAUGUGCAACCAGCCAGAGAGUUGCUCAUUAGUAUAUGAGUUCGGGUUUUCCACGAUAUUCCCCAUCGCUCAUGAGAUAGCACAUUCGCUAGGUUUGUCAGACGUUUACUCCAAGCCAUUCUCUACUUUCAUUAUGGCGAAUGUUAUGUUCGCCAAAUUAACUAAUUACAGCUGGGCACCCGAAAGUCAGAAUGCUUUACUCAACAACACCAGAAACGGUUUUUCGUGUCUUGAUAAUGAACCCAAAAUCACAGCACUGAAUGACGAAACUGAUUACAAACGUCCCGGUUUAUACUUCUCCUUUGAAAAACAGUGUGACUUGGAAUAUGGCAAGGCGUAUACAGCAUGGACAACGACCAAGUCACAGCUGAACGAUAUGUUAAAGUUUUGUUUAGCUUGGUAUAAAUCAAUUUCUGAAAAAUUAAUAUUCGCCUGCAUGAAUAUCCUUUAA